UGUGUUUUCUGGGAAUCCCCUUGACUGAUGAGAAAAUGAAACUGAAAGGGACGAAAACUUUAACUUCGGUACUCGCAGCACAGCAGGUCAUACGGGGACGAAUGCAGCUACAAAAUGGCAGGUUUCACAGAAACAGUCCUUCGUAGAGCCGUUACUCUGUUUUUUGCUGUCUGCGUUGACCUUUCCUUGUUUUACGCAUCGGGGUCUGGAGUGUCCAUCAGCGUAUUUGGACAUGUUGCGCGUCUCUGGGUCUCCGCGGCUCUCCGGUGCUUGGCACUGACUUCCGUGACCCUCCUCAGCCUUGGAGCCCCCAAACCUCGGCUGAUUCGUUUUAUAGCCGCACACAGUCUCCUACCGGCGGUAUUUGAGACUGGGACCAAAGUGCUGUACAACGAGGAGACACCAUGCGGCUUGUCGGCGGAUUUACGCUGCUGGCUGAUGUGCACCGGAGCGUCGCUGGCUGCUGCCCUGUUUUGGGAAAUCACCAUCCCGGACACUGACGAUGCAGCCGCCGGUGGUGAGGGAAAGCAGAAAGCCAGAGUGCUACUUGUGAGAGUCCUUCACCUGUACAAACCCGACUACCUCCUGCUGAUUGGAGGAGUUGUGUUCCUGUCACUGGCUGUGAUCUGUGAGUAUAACAUGAUGAUGAUGAUGAUGAUGAUGAUGAUGAUGAUGAUAGUAUUUUUCACUCUUUGCAAAAAAAAUAAAAAGAAAAAAAAAAUCGCUGCAGAAAUAGAAAGAAAUAGUAGGUGAUUUGAAGUCUCCAGUUGUCAACACUGAUCACAGCACAUUUUAAAUUAAUACAAUAAAAUUUCAUUUCUCACUGAUCAUUUUAAUGGUGAUUUAGCAGCAGCUGCAAGAGUUCAUCUUUUUCUGGAUUAGGGGGCAGUUUUCUUGAUGAUAAAAAUGUAAUGUUAGUUUGCCACGCAGACCCAUCAUCAGGUUUGUCUGAUUGUGUUUCUGUCUCUUUCUAGGUGAGAUGUUCAUCCCCUUCUACACAGGGAAAGUUAUUGACAUCCUCGGCAGCCAGUACCAGCACAAUGAAUUCAUAUCUGCACUGCUCUACAUGGGCCUCUUCUCUCUUGGAAGGUAUUAUCUCCCUGGUGUACUGUGUCUGGCUAAUGUUUGUGUUUUGGAUGUAAAUUCCAGCUGACUUUGUAUUUGAUCAUCAGCUCAGUGAGCGCAGGAUGCAGAGGGGGCCUUUUACUUACUGCCAUCAAUGCCCUCACAUGCCGGGUGAAAGUCAAGCUAUUUGGGGCUUUGACUAAACAGGAAAUCGGCUUCUUUGAGACCAUAAAGACAGGUAAGCAGAACAAGUUCAGUUAAGAUAUAAUAGAUACAGAAACAGACAUCUCUGGAAAGAAAAAGGGAAAGACUUAAGGAAACAUAAGACAAACAGGACAAAAUAGUGUGGAGUAUAAGAGCAUGGAAGAAUAUAACAUUACAGGGCAGAUCAUGACUUUUUUUCUGUUAAGGUGAAAUCACUGCCAGGUUGUCCAAAGACACCAACCUGAUGGGGAGAACAGUGGGCCUUAAUGUCAAUGUGCUGCUGAGGACUUUCAUCAAAACCAUGGGUAUGAUCUCCUUGAUGAUGAACCUUUCAUGGAAGCUCACAUUCCUUGUACUGAUGGAGACGCCUCUAACAGGCCUCAUACAGAACAUCUAUGACACACACUACCAGGUAAAGUCUACGCUAAAUGGACUUUGAAAACCAUAGACACAGAAAUCUGAUCAGCUCUGAUGAAGCACACCUUAAUAAACCUGAGUGAAAUUCUGAUUUCUUUUACUCCUCUCUCAGCGUUUGUCCCUCGCGGUGCAGGACUCAAUUGCUCGGGCAAAUGAAGCUGCGAAUGAAGCGGUAUCUGGUAUCCGUGUUGUUCGGAGCUUUAACUCAGAAAAACACGAGGCUGGCCGGUAUGAAGACUGCCUGAUGUGUACACACAAACUCAAGACCAAACAGGACACUGUCAGGGCUAUUUAUCUGCUCGCACGGCGGGUGAGUAUUUAUUUAUUUGUUUGAUAAAAUUUUUUGAAUAUCAGGUCCUCAAAUUGCUGUAGGUCACAUUAUCUGAAAGUAUUUGUCCUGGUCUGUGUGUGGUUACAGUUGACAGGAUUGGGCAUGAAUGUCAUCAUCUUGUACUACAGCAGGCUGUUCAUCCAGAGAGGACAGAUGACCACUGGGAAUCUGGUGUCCUUCCUUCUCUAUCAAUCAAACCUAGGGAACAGCAUCAGGGUAUCCCAUUAUGCUAAGCAUAUCCUGACAGACAUUAUGCCUUUUUUUACUCAGCUCUCAGUCCUAGAUUACCUAAAAUAUUUUGAGAUUUUACAUACUUUUACAUAUGUUUGCUGUUCAAACUUUCUCCAGACCCUCAUCUACGUCUUUGGCAACAUGCUGAACUCAGUUGGGGCUGCGGGGAAAGUGUUUGAAUAUCUGGACCGGAAACCGCAGGUCAGCUCAGAGGGAACGCUAAAACCUGACACACUGAGAGGAAAUGUCCGUUUCUGCAGUCUCAACUUCGCCUAUCCUGCUUUCCCCAACAAAAAAGUGCUCCAGGUGAGGUCCAGUGGCCGGAUUGUUGAAAAAAAAAUAACAGCACCUCAUCUUUAUUGAAUUUUGAUGUUUCGGCUUAAUUACUUUAAACUUCAAACCUCUUUGUCUCAGGACUUUUCUUUGGAGCUGAAGUCCGGUCAGAUGACGGCACUGGUGGGUCCGUCUGGAGAGGGAAAAAGCACCUGUGCGAGUCUGUUGGAGCGAUUCUACGAGCAGCAGGAUGGAGAAAUCCUAUUGGACGAUAAACCACUGAAAUCAUAUGAGCACCGUUUCCUCCAUAAGAAGGUAUCUAGUUUAAUCAACACACAAGGUGUAUAUUAAAGAGAUAUUCCAGCACAAAUUAAAGUUAUGGUCAAACACAUGGUAACACCGACUUAGACACCACCUCGAGAGAUUAUUGUUGCCGACCGCUUCCUUUUCUAGUUACACCAACCUCAGCAAUGACCGCACAAUAGCUAUACACGGUGGUCCGUCUCUACAUGCAAACCUCAACCAUAAAGCCACUCUAUAGCCACAAAUAAUGCUCAGAACAGCACCCAACUUCAUCAACAGGACAUAUAGGGUCCCAGCCAUAAUUCUAGCCAUCAAGCAUCUUUUUGGCUUUGCCUGAUUUCUUUGGCAAAGAGACUAAACACGACUCACCCACUCUCCUCCAGCAGCCGCUUGUUUGUGGGGGAGCCCUGACGAUCACUGAGUGCAGCGGAAAAUUUAUGAUUAUUACCUCAUGGAAAUGCAAUCAGACCGAAAUGCUAAGGCAGAAGAACUGCUAGAUCUGCAGUGCACAUACAAGCUACACAAGAACUCUGAUUGCAUUUCCCUUAAGUAAUAUACAUGUUCUUCCAUGAGCUGUGACACUCCGCUGCACUCAGUGAUCGACUCGUCAGGGCUCCCCCAACAAACAAGCGGCUGCUGGAAGAGAGCUGGUGAGUUGUACUGGGUCUCUUUGCUAAAGAAAUUAGGCUAAGCUAAAAAGAUGCUGUUCUUAGCAUUAUUUGUGGCAAUAGAGUGGCUUUUGGUUGAGGUUUGCAAAUGUAGAUGUAGAUCGCUGUGUAUUGCAACUGUGCAGUCGUUACUAAAGUUGGUAUUAGGGUUGCAUGAUAUAUCGUUUGAGCAUCAUCAUCAUCGCGAUGUAUGUGUUCGCGAUACUGACAUUGCAAAGCCUGCGAUGUUGGAGACGAAAGAACUCAUCUUAUUUCAAGGGUAGCUGAUUGAGAUACACUGCAUGUGACUCUGCAUGUUCUGUGCAGCGAUCCACCAAUCACAUUCGUUCUUUACUCAGUUUCCAAUCAGAUUACCCUGCCAGCCCUCAAUCAAAAUCAGAGAGGAGGAAACCACGCCCCCGCACAUGGCCUGCACAUGGAGUGAGUCGCUGUAGCUGCAGUGUUGUUCCGGGAAACGCGUGUCAGCUGAGAAUUACUUGUGGAACAUUCCGCAUCACUGUUUAACCCCACAAAUAAGAACUGUAUGGGUUUUAAAUUGUACAUUUCCAUGGACCACUCUACUAAGGGCGGUGCGCAUUUCUGCUAGGUGCAUGCAAUCCUCGAUGGGCAUGCGUUUUUCGGCACAACAUCAACGAUUGCUAAAGAAACGAACAAAAGAAAACCACCGAAGAUAAAUAGUUGAUGACGAAAAGAAAAACAACGUCACUUAGCGCCGAAGAUGAAUACUUGGUGACGAAAAGAAAAGCAACGUCACUAACGACCGAAGAUGAAUGCUUGAUGACAAAAAGAAAAGCAACGUCACUUAAUAAUUAUUUCGGUUAUAAGAAGGAUGACGUCACCUAAACACCUGUCGUGUGUCGGCAACGGCUUUCAUCUGUUUCCACAAUAACGUCCCAGCACAAUAAAAGCUAAAAAUAUCUCUAAAACAGACAGAAGCCAUUCAACUAACAUUCACAAAAAGAUGUAAGAUCAGUGCCCAUAAGAUUUCAGCAGUGCAGCAUAACAUAAAGUGCUAUUCAGGUCAUUUGGUGAAAAUUCCUGGAUUUUUUAAUAUCGCAAUAUAUAUUGCAGGGUUGGAAAAAAUUGCAAUGAUAGUUUUUUUUUUUUCAAUAUUCUGCAGUGUUAGUUGGUAUAACUAGAGAAGCAAGCAGUUGGCAACAUUCAUCUCUCAACAGGGUGUCUAACUUGGUGUUACAGUGUGUUUGACCAUAACUUAAAUUUACACUGUAAAGCUGAGGGUCUCAGCUUUACAGUCCUGGUUCACAGACACUAAAAGCAUCAAGUUUGUACUGAAAAAUUAACUGUUUUAUACUUUUUAUACAGGAAUUUUUCAUUUUUUUAAAGAUUUGAUUGUGAAUUUCACUGUGAUGUGAGUUGCUGUCUGAGUCAAGCGAAUGGGAUUUCCCCUCAAUAGAUAGCCGUGGUGAGCCAGGAGCCUGUGCUGUUCUCAGGCUCUAUCAGAUACAACAUUGCCUACGGGCUUGCCAACUGCUCAUUGGAUGAAAUCCAGGAAGCAGCUCGCAAAGCUAACGCCCAUGACUUCAUCAAGCUGCUGGAGAAAGGCUACGAUACAGGUAAAGUCAUUCGACCAGCUUUUGUGCUGUUCCGUGUGGCUGAGUGCCUGAAUAAAAACCUGUCUGGGGUGUGAUGAUGCAGCUCGAUUAACAAAGAGUUUCCACUUUUAAGUCAUGCACAGUGUGUUGAUUCUGUUUGUGCAUAAAGUAUGUGUAAAACUAUGGGUUUUUCUGCUUUUCAUAUUGCAGAGGUGGGUGAGGGUGGCGGUCAGUUAUCCAAGAGUGAGAAGCAGCAGAUCGCCAUCGCUCGAGCUUUGGUCAGACAGCCACAGGUUCUCAUUUUGGAUGAAAUAACGAGCUCACUGGACACAGAAAGUGAAAAUAAGGUAACGUCUAGUACCAGACAUCAAUUUCUGUUUGACACCUUUGCGCGAUGAUUUGAAAUAUACUCACAGUUAUUCUCCUCUUUAGGUUCAGCAGGCCUUGGCUAACUGUCCAAACCAGACCCUGCUGGUGAUCGCUCACAGGCUGAAAACUAUCGAAAAGGCAGAUCAGAUCGUUUUGAUCGGUAAAGGCAGAGUUCAAGAGCGAGGGACUCACCAGGAGCUGAUGGAGAAGAAGGGGGGAUACUACAAACUGAAAGAGAUGGAGACACGCCGCAGGGACAGCUGAUGUCCUGUUUGGGACAUGUGUCAGUCUGCAGAUGAUCUGUUAAGAAUAUGAGGGAACAAGCUGGAGUGUGUGUAAAUAUUUGUACAGAAAUGAAAACCUAAACACUGAGCGCUGAUUUUUUUUUCCAGAAAUGUCUUUAUUUUAAAACAUACAGCCUCAAUAAAACACCUGUUAUUAUUUAUUUUGCUUUGACUCAACAUUUAAGUGAAAUAAAUGUCUUGUACUUUCUUCA